GUGAAAACUGAAGAGGAUUUAUCUUAUUCUCUGUUUCUCGAGAACUCUGUCCCAUGGUGUCCAAGAAUUCCCCAGGUUGGCAAGCGUGCGUGUGUAUACUGAGAAUCAGAUCACAAGCCCGCACCAGCACGAUCCGGCUCCAAUCCCUUUCCGGCCUCUUCCUCCGUGGUCCGUGCGUCUUCCUCUUCGUCUCCCUAGCUUCCGGCCCCGUCCCGCGUUGGCGUUGUUGCGCUUCUACUCCCCAACCAAACUUCUACCCGCGCCCCCCAACCAUAAAUAAACUCCCCACUCUCCCCCCUGCAUCCUCUUCCCAUGCACGCCCGCCUCCGUUUCCGCCCUCCGCUCCAUUUCCCGGCGCAUUAAACAAAGUCGCGAGUUUGGUUCAGUUUCAGUUGGGUUCAGUUCCUGUGUUCUUGGAGUUGAGGGGUCGAGUCGGCGGCGAUGGGUAUCCUCUCGCUCAUCACCGGCAAGGCGGGCGCCAGCGGGUUCGGGUCGGCGUCCACGGCGGAGCAGGUCACCGACGGCGUCGACGCCAGCCGCCUCACCGUCGUCAUCACAGGAGGAGCUAGUGGCAUUGGUCUGGAGACAUCAAGAGUCUUCGCCCUUAGAGGAGCCCAUGUCAUCAUUGCCGCGAGAAACACUGAGGCUGCAUCAGAAGCAAGGAAGACCAUCAUGGAGAAGAACCCAAUGGCACGUAUUGAUGUUCUGAAGCUUGACCUCAGCUCCCUCAAGUCUGUCAGGGCUUUUGCUGACCAGUUCAACUCGAUGAAACUUCCUCUGAACAUCUUGAUAAAUAACGCAGGUGUAAUGUUCUGCCCUUUUCAACUGUCUAAAGAUGGAGUUGAGAUGCAAUUCGCCACCAAUCAUCUCGGGCACUUUCUGCUUACCAAUCUCCUCCUUGAUAAUAUGAAAGCCACUGCCAAGUCUACGGGUAUUGAGGGUCGCAUUGUGAACUUGUCAUCAGUUGCCCACCACCAUACAUACCCAAAGGGAAUUGACUUCGACAAACUCAACGAUGAGAAAAUAUACAAUGAUAAAAUGGCUUACGGACAAUCUAAGCUGGCAAACUUACUGCAUGCGAAGGAGCUCUCUAGACGGCUCAAGGAAGAAGGAGCAAACAUCACAGUUAACAGUGUUCAUCCUGGAUUGAUCAUGACCAAUUUGAUGAGGCACUCCUUUGUUCUCAUGAAGGUGCUUCAAGUUGCAACUUACAUUCUGUGGAAAAAUGUGCCCCAGGGAGCAGCAACUACUUGUUAUGUAGGACUGAACCCACAGCUGAGGGGAGUGACAGGAAAGUACUUUGCUGACUGCAACGUGGAGAAGACGAGCAAACUGUCGAGAAACGAUGAGUUGGCAAAGCAACUCUGGGACUUCAGCGAGGAGCUGAUCAAGUCUGCGCAAUGAGAGCCAGAAGAGCUGGAUUAGAGAGGUGUUCCGAUUCUGAUUGGCAUGUGGCGUUACUAGUGAUGACUGGUUAAUGUGUAGCAGUGGUUAUAGGAACCUGAGCAAUGGUGGAGCUCAUGGUGUUCAGGAAUAAAUCUCCAUGCAUGCUUUCCUAGAUUAUUCUGGUGUGACAAAGAUCAACAUGUGUGCUCUUGUUAAUAUUCGUCCAAUAUAUGUGCAGUUCAGUUCUGGUUUGAA